UUGGUGUUCAAAGAUAACAGAAUGGCCUUUGGAACGGUCCAGUGCUUGAAUUCUUGAAUAGAGAAGAGAAUGUUUCGUGGUCCAGAGAAAACUCUGGGGCAAUGUUGCCCCCCUUUUCAAGAAGAUAAGAGGAAAGGAAGGAGCAGGAUGGACCUCACUCUCGAGAGCAGCGACCUCUACAACCGACGGAAGCACUCCAUCUCCCGGAUCGACGAAAUGGAAGCCUUGCACGCAGGGCCUGCUCGGGGCCAGGGCCAACUUGGGACGCCAGCCAGAGGUCCGCCCAAGAAUGCUGGCCGCAGGGACACUCCCAGACCACAGAAUAUACCCGACCCAAGUCCUGAAUAUUGCGAGCCCUAUGGAUGCAUGCCUGAUGCUGAUGAGAUCCUGAGGAGGAGGAGAUUAUUGUUUCCACAGGAGAACCAGAGCGAGGUUAAUCCACUGCAAAACUCCCCACUGAACUGUGAGACCCCAUUGGAAAAGCGAAUCACACAAAUGAACGAAACGGAGGUAGCAUAUGAAUUUCGGAAACAGUUCUUGAGUAAUGUGGACAUGAAGCAAGCCAUGGAAGAGGCUCCGCCAGACUUCCCGCCGCCAGAGAGCUUACACAUCAUGUCCCUGGGGGCCAUGGCCUGCACUCGGUGCGGGGAUAGCUUCGAGCCCCAGGAGAAGAUCGUCAACUCCAAUGGUCAGCUGUGGCAUACUCAGUGCUUCGUGUGUGCUCAGUGCUUCCGACCAUUCCCUGACGACAUCUUUUAUGAGUUCGAAGGCCGCAAGUACUGCGAGCAUGACUUCCAAGUGCUCUUUGCGCCUUGUUGCGGCAAAUGCAACGAGUUCAUCAUUGGACGGGUGAUCAAGGCCAUGAACUCCAACUGGCACCCCCAGUGCUUCACCUGCGAGCUCUGCAUGAAGGAGCUGGCCGACCUGGGCUUCAUCCGCAACGCUGGCCGAGCACUCUGCCACGAGUGCAAUGCGCGGGUCAAGGCAGAAUCCCUCGGCAAAUACAUGUGCCAUAAGUGCCACUCGACCAUCGAUGGGGAGCCACUACGCUGGCGUGGCGACACCUUCCAUCCUUACCAUUUCAAUUGCGCGGCCUGUGGCAACGAGCUGACAGCCAACGCCCGAGAAGUCAAGAGCAGACCUGGCUACACUGCCAACGAAAUGAACGAACUGUACUGCUUACGAUGCCACGACAAGAUGGGUAUUCCUAUAUGUGGUGCUUGUAGGCGGCCCAUCGAGGAGCGCGUGGUGACAGCCCUGGGCAAGCAUUGGCACGUAGAGCACUUCGUGUGCGCCAAGUGUGAGAAGCCUUUUAUGGGCAACCGUCACUACGAGCGCAAAGGGUUGGCCUAUUGCGAGACCCACUAUCAUGAACUCUUUGGCAACCUGUGCUUUGUUUGCAACUCAGUUAUUUAUGGUGAUGUGGUAAUGGCCCUCAACAAAGCCUGGUGCACCCAUCACUUUGCCUGUGCUUUGUGCGACACAAAAAUGACGCAGAAAACCAAGUUCUUUGAGUUCGACCAAAGACCCAUCUGCAAGAAGUGCUACGAGAGGUUCCCGCAGGAGCUGAAGAAGCGGCUCAAGAGGCAGCACAAACCCGGGGGCCGCGGAGGAAGCCACCCCUUUUUAGGGUGCCUGGGCGGGAAUGCCCUCCGAUACCAGGGCCCCGGGGUGUGCGCCUAAAGGGGGGCCUAAUUU